ACCGCCAAUAAAUCAUAAAGAAGAAGAAGAAGAAAACGUUUGACGUGCGACACGUUGGUGGAGUAUGAUAGAGCUGAGUUUAGGAUACAAUUAUUAAUCACCAUGGCUUCAUCCUGUACACAGCUGUGUCUACAAUGCAGACGUUUUCUUUGCUCCAAGACAGUGGCUAGUACCUGGCAGUAUUGCACUCAAGUUCGCCAUUGCAUUGCAGUUACGAGGGUACCCACCAAAAUCCUAAAUGGAUCCUUCAUUAUCAACGGGAAUCCCAUAACAACUCAGGCAAAACAGAGGUGGAAACAACAGAUGUUCUGUUACAGUGACUUAGCUGCCAACCAUCUGGCAACUCAGGUUAAGGAAGACAAAGGUGUUGAAGAAAUGUCUACAGCUGAAGUUGUACCAUAUAAGAGCCCCCUGUUGCCAAUCAGAGAUGUUUUGCUGGCGACUGAAAGCCAGAUGUCAUUAGAUCUGGAUGCUGCUGCUGAGUUUUCAGCAUUAGAGGUGAUCAGUGAUGAAGAGGCUGUCAGUAUAUCUGUUCCUUCUGCCAUACCUCCUGCGUCCACCUCUCUCAGAGACUAUGUUGACCAGUCUGAGACACUCAGCAAACUAGUACAGCUAGGUGUAAACCUGUGGAAGCUUGAACAAAGGCCCAACGUGGGCUCCAUGCUACUGAGGCUUAACUUUAACACAGAUGUGGCCCCAAGGCUGCUGUUCCUCAAAGAGAUCGGGGUGGAGGACUCUCGCUUUGGCUAUAUCAUCACGCACAACCCCUUUAUUCUCACUGAGAGUUUGGAACACCUGCAGUCCAGGGUGAACUAUCUUAAGUCAAAGAAGUUUAGUUCUGAGACUGUUGCAUCCAUGGUGUCCAGAGCUCCUUAUCUGCUUAACUUCAGUGUGAAGAGGCUGGACAACAGACUGGGGUUCUAUCAGCAGCAACUCAACCUCAGUGCUUCUAGUACACGGAACAUUGUAGCUCGUCUACCCAGAUUACUGUGUGGCAGUUUGGAGCCUGUUAAAGAAAAUUUGAAGGUUUGUGAAAUAGAGCUUGGCUUUAAGGAAAAUGAGAUCCAACACAUAGUUAUUGCUGUCCCAAAAGUGCUGACUGCCAAUAAAAGGAAGCUAACCCAAAUAUUUGACUUCCUCCACAAUAUCAUGAAGGUGCCCCACAACCUGAUUGCCAAGUUUCCACAGGUCCUCAAUUCCAAGUACUUGCGUCUCAGAGAGCGCCACCUGUUCCUUGAGUACCUUGGAAAGGCUCAGUAUGACCCAACCCUGCCCAACUACAUCUCCCUGGACCGCCUGGUGUCUUUGCCUGAUGAGACCUUUUGCACUGAGUUGGCUUUGGCCACAUUGGAAGAUUUUUGUUUGUUCCAAAAGACACUUUGAUUCUUCAUGAGGGGACAUUUUAAAGGACUUCAGAAAACAAGUGGUCAAUCACACAUAAUACAUACUAUAAUGUCAGACACAUGCAGAUAUUAAAGUAUUUAAACGUAUAGAACAUCAACUGAGUUUGAAAUAUAAAGUUUGCUUUGUUAAUGUGAUGUUUAAUAAAUGUACACAAUGUAUAUUAGCACUUCUGUUUUUAUUUACCAUAAUUGUAUAGCUAAAGAGACCAUAAAUGUGAUGAAAGUGCCGGAAAAACAUUUGCAGGGCUGUGUAUAAAAUGAUCAUGGCUUAUGUAUUGAAAAA